AUGCUAAGUUUAAAAAUGAAGAAGAAGAAUGAGCUCUGGUUCCACUUUGAAUCCCACCGUGUUCAAUUUUGGGCUCUUGAAGCUGCUCCACAAGAUAAUGCCUAUGAUUGGGAUGAUCUGAAGAAAGAGUCUCACAUAACUGAAGACCUCGUAGAUAAAAUGCCCAAAGCUGAAAAAUAUACUUUUAAUGAAAAGUUUUCCUUGUGGAUGUUGGUGUUGAUUGAGACGUUGCUCUUUGGGAGUUACAAGGAAUACAAAUUCCCAAAAAGUUACAUAGAGAGAGCGCAAGACAUGAACACUCUACUGAACUAUCAUUGGGGGAGGGAAGCAUAUGAGUCACUAUUGUCAUCAAUCAAGUCAAGGUUGCCAUCACAUUUGGAAAGAGCG